AUGGACAGCUCAAAUAAACAACUUCAAGAUGAACUCGUAAACAACAUAAUUGAAUCUAUAAAACGAAUCAAAGAAAGCAUGACAAAAGAAACGCUAAGUGAUGAUUUAUUAAAUGAAGCUAUUAUUUUAAAUGCAACAGAGAAAGAUUAUCAUACAGACCAAAAACCGAGUGAAUUAAAAACUGUCAACCACAUAAGAAGCGGAAUCGAAGAAAGAUUUGAUAGCACGACGGUAAAUAAAAGCAACCACCAAAACACAACUAAUUCCAACAACACAAAACAGACUUAUACUAACAAGACAUCAACCGGGUCACAUUUCAUAGAGAUAUUGACUAUAGAACCAAACAAUACAUACGUCGCUAACGCUUCAAACAAUAACAUAAUAGAAGUAUUAAAGCAUAUAAUGCCAUUAUUCAAUACCACAGUUAACAAACAACUACACAGCAUUACUAUAAUUGAGAAGAAUGAAAAUAAAAACCAUUCUAUCACAGAAACUAAGAACACAUCGACGGUGGUUGUGAAAUAUUGUGAUAAAGAAAAUGUUACUAAAGAGAAUGUGAAGUUAAACGAUCAAAGUGAUUACUUAGAGAGUGAUUAUGAUUUGGACGAGCAGAACGAUAGUAAUGUGACAAUGGAAGGAAUAAGGGAUAUACUAGAAGCAGCGGAAUAUGGAAUGCAGAAGAUGAACGAGCUGUACACAGUCGUGGAACCCAAGUUGUAUUCUAUGGGUUACUGGCUUGACGACAAAAGUCCAGCGCGCUACGUAGCUGCUUUCAAUGCACCUUCCGAAGACCUCGCGAAGUACUCCCGAUAUGGUUACGCAUCAAUCCUCGCGGCUGCCAGACUGAAGGAAAUAAGGAGUUUGCAUAAAACCAUCCCUCAGCAUAAUGAGCAUGAGUUACUUUGCAAGCUGGCAACACGGCGCAGGAAAUGGCUCAUCUCGGGAGCCGCUUUGACCGGUGUUGCCAGUCUACUGCAUUGA